UUAGGCAGCAGAGCGUAUGUAUGUAUGUAUGUACGUGUAGCGAAACUCGAGGUAAAAGAAGGUAAAGCGUAAGCGGAGCAGAGGAGAAAUUACGUUCACUGCCGGAGUCUGAAAAUCGCCGCGCCGCUCUGAAACAUUUCCCGUGAUUUGUCCGGACUGAGCUAAAGUGCGUGAAAGCUAAGAGGGAAGUUAGUCGCGCGAGCUUUCGACUUUCUGUAUUUAAGCACAUACUUGUGAAACAUAAUUGUGAAAUCUCCAAGUCCGUCGAAGAUGAGCGUGCGUGUCGGGGAGAAAAAGGGCUCCAACGGGUUGAUCGCAACUAUGGAAAACGAGGGUGGUGAUUGGCAAAACGGACAGAAUCUUCUGGUGGUCACGCAGAACACCCAUCAGGGCAAGGAACUGAUCAGCCUAACCGAUAAUCAAACCAUCAAUGUGGCUGUAGAUACCUAUUGGUUGCUAGAACUCGCUCACAGGGAAUAUCAGGCAGGAGAUUACGAUAACGCUGAAAGACACUGCAUGCAGUUAUGGCGACAGGAGACAAACAAUACUGGUGUUCUUCUAUUACUUUCCUCUAUACAUUUCCAAUGUAGGAGGUUAGAUAAAUCGGCACAUUAUAGCACCUUAGCGAUAAAGCAAAAUCCAUUAUUGGCGGAGGCGUAUAGCAAUUUGGGAAAUGUAUAUAAGGAGCGUGGACAGCUACCGGAAGCGCUGGAGAAUUAUCGUCAUGCUGUCAGGCUGAAACCUGAUUUCAUCGAUGGUUACAUCAACUUGGCCGCGGCACUUGUGGCAGCUGGUGACAUGGAACAAGCCGUUCAAGCCUAUGUCACAGCGCUACAAUAUAAUCCUGACCUUUAUUGCGUGCGGAGUGAUCUUGGUAAUCUUUUGAAAGCAUUAGCAAGACUUGAUGAAGCCAAGGCCUGCUACUUGAAGGCGAUCGAGACACGACCGGACUUUGCAGUUGCCUGGAGCAAUCUCGGCUGCGUGUUCAAUGCCCAAGGAGAAAUAUGGUUGGCGAUACACCAUUUUGAAAAAGCAGUUGCCUUGGAUCCCAACUUUCUAGAUGCAUACAUCAACCUUGGAAAUGUAUUAAAAGAAGCUAGAAUUUUUGACAGAGCUGUAGCAGCAUAUCUUCGCGCGUUGAACCUCAGUCCUAACAAUGCAGUCGUACAUGGAAAUUUGGCAUGCGUUUAUUACGAGCAAGGGCUCAUCGAUCUGGCCAUCGAUACAUAUCGUCGUGCUAUCGAAUUACAACCGAAUUUCCCUGACGCGUACUGCAAUCUGGCAAACGCUCUCAAAGAAAAGGGACAAGUGGUCGAAGCGGAAGAAUGUUACAAUACCGCCCUCCGGCUUUGUCCCACACACGCGGACUCUCUUAAUAACUUGGCCAACAUAAAACGCGAGCAAGGCUACAUUGAGGAGGCAACUCGCUUGUAUCUUAAAGCCUUGGAAGUAUUUCCUGAAUUUGCAGCCGCCCACAGCAAUCUUGCCUCUGUCUUGCAGCAGCAAGGCAAAUUGAACGAAGCAUUGAUGCAUUAUAAGGAGGCAAUUCGCAUACAGCCGACCUUCGCCGAUGCUUACUCGAACAUGGGAAACACGUUGAAAGAGAUGCAAGAUAUACAAGGUGCUCUACAGUGUUACACUCGGGCUAUCCAAAUCAAUCCGGCCUUUGCUGACGCUCAUUCCAAUUUGGCAUCAAUCCACAAAGAUUCCGGCAACAUUCCCGAAGCGAUUCAAUCAUACAGAACAGCAUUGAAGUUGAAGCCAGACUUUCCAGAUGCCUAUUGCAACUUGGCGCACUGUUUGCAAAUAGUUUGCGAUUGGACAGAUUACGAAGCCAGAAUGAAGAAAUUGGUGUCUAUUGUCGCUGAGCAGUUAGACAAGAACAGACUGCCUAGCGUGCAUCCACAUCAUUCCAUGCUUUAUCCUUUGUCUCACGAAUUCCGGAAAGCUAUCGCUGCUCGACAUGCUAACCUCUGCAUAGAGAAAAUUCAUGUCCUUCACAAACAACCAUACAAAUACCCGCGUACAAUCGGCACGCGAUUGAAGAUUGGAUACGUUUCAUCAGACUUCGGCAAUCAUCCGACUAGUCACUUGAUGCAAUCAAUACCUGGCUUACAUGAUCGUGAGAAAGUCGAAAUCUUCUGCUAUGCGCUUAGCGCGGAUGAUGGCACAACCUUUCGUGCGAAAAUAGCACGAGAGACCGAGCAUUUUGUCGAUCUCUCUCAGAUCCCAUGCAACGGCAAGGCUGCUGAUCGCAUCAAUGCUGAUGGCGUUCACAUUCUAGUGAACAUGAACGGUUAUACGAAAGGUGCCAGGAACGAGAUCUUUGCUUUGCGACCAGCACCGGUACAGGUCAUGUGGCUGGGUUAUCCUGGUACUUCUGGCGCAAGUUUCAUGGACUAUCUCAUCACGGACGAGGUCACUUCGCCGUUGGAGCUCGCCAGUCAAUACAGCGAGAAACUCGCCUAUAUGCCACACACUUACUUUAUCGGCGAUCAUAAGCAAAUGUUUCCUCAUCUGAAAGAACGUUUAAUCCUAACGGACAAGUUGAAUCUCAAGGGUAAAGUAGCUGACAAUGUUGCGGUAAUCAAUGCUACGGAUCUCUCUCCGAUGAUUGAGAAUACUCUGAUAAAAGAGAUUCGCGAGGUAGUUGUGCCGGACGCCAAGAAGCAACCCGUCGAGAUCUCACUCAAAGUUGCCGAGUUACCAACUACUACCCCGAUCGAAACGAUGAUCGCUUCCGGCCAGUGUCAAAUGUCUGUGAACGGCGUCGUUCUGCAAAAUGGUAUGGCCACCACACAAGUGAAUAAUAAAACUGCUACGGGCGAGGAGGUGCCUCAGAAUAUUGUCAUUACAACCAGGCAACAGUACGGAUUGCCGGAGGAUGCCGUUGUUUAUUGCAACUUCAAUCAGUUGUAUAAGAUUGAUCCGCUUACUCUUCACAUGUGGGCACACAUAUUGAAACAUGUGCCAAAUUCCGUACUGUGGUUGCUACGUUUUCCGGCGGUCGGCGAACCUAAUCUUCAAGCAACGGCACAACAAUUGGGUCUGGCGCCCGGUAGAAUCCUGUUCAGCAAUGUUGCUGCUAAAGAAGAACAUGUGAGACGAGGCCAGUUGGCCGACGUAUGUCUAGAUACACCACUCUGCAAUGGACAUACGACUAGUAUGGAUGUUUUGUGGACUGGAACGCCGGUGGUUACGCUUCCGGGGGAAACUCUAGCCUCUCGUGUCGCAGCUAGUCAAUUAAACACUCUUGGCUGUCCUGAAUUGGUAGCACGAACACGACAGGAGUAUCAAGAUAUUGCUAUUAGACUGGGUACUGAUAGAGAAUACUUGAAAGCAACAAGAGUUAAAGUAUGGAAGGCUCGAUCAGAAAGUCCACUCUUUAACUGCAAGCUAUACGCCAUAGGCAUGGAGUUGUUGUACACAAAGAUGUGGGAGCGUUACGCGCAUGGAGAAAAUCCUGAUCACGUUUCAGCCGUCGAUAAGAACGACAGUCAAAAGUCAUCAAUCAUAUCUUCUUCUUAAGACAUUUGACGAUUACUUAUUCAGCUUCGACUUUGCGAUUAAUGAAUUCUCUUCCCCGGAAAUUUUAGCAUUUGCAAUCACAGUUAAUAUAUCUAUUCCUAUUGCGGUCUCGUAUAAAUUUCGUAUCUUUGCUGACUGUUUUGUACGAUAAAUCCAUGAAACUUGAACUAUGGACUUACGACUCUAGACAGUAGAUAUUAAUACAUACAAGAUUUCGUCCGAUACUUGCGCUCUCUUGUCCUCUUUUUAUGAUUUAAUGAUAUUCGCGCGUUUGAUCAAAAAUCGAUUGAAUUGUAUUUUGUGAAGAAUUGACAAAAUUAUGGAAAAGCGAUUUGGUUCAUUCAUGUACAAAAUUUUAAAAAAAUAUUGAAAACAAUAGCAAUAGAUAAUAUUUUUAUCCGUAGAGAAACAAUAUUUCCCCAAUAUCUUAUUUUCUACUUAAAUUUUUCUGCAAAAUGAUAUUUAAAUAAAAUAUUGGCAGUGGAUUUAUCCAGUUAUCAAAAAUCAUUGAAAAGAUUUCAAAUUUUGAUGCUCUAAAGUUUCAAAAAUUUAAGGGAAUUGCAGAUAUUGACUAUUUCAAAAAUUAGAUAUCAAGAGCUUUAAAAGAAGUUAGAUAUGCGAGAUUUUCUUUUUAAUAGCAGCAUUUCCGGUUUACUCGUAAGUUGCAUUACUACAAACUGCAAUCGAGAAUCCACUGUUGUAUAUAUUUUGCUUAUGUUAUUGCAAUUGUCGCAUAAAUUUGACGAAUAUGAACGCGCUAUUAAAAUAUCCAUCCUCGCUUUCUAUAGGUGACCCUUUAAUGCAGAGAUAUUCUGCGCAUGUGAUUUCCUGAAGAACACAAGAAUACUUAACAAAGAUUAGAAUUAAUAGAGUA